AUGACCCAUGGGCGCAGCUUCUUUCACAUUGUAGCAAGUCUAAUCAUCUUACAUUUGUCUGGGGCAACCAAAAAAGGAACAGAAAAACAAGCUACUUCCGAAGGACAGAAACCAGUUCAGUGUGGAACUUGGACAAAAUAUGCAGAAGGAGGCAUCUUCACUUCUCCCAAUUACCCCAACAAGUAUCCUCCUGACAGGGAGUGCAUCUACAUUAUAGAAGCUGCCCCUAGACAAUGCAUUGAACUACGCUUUGAUGAAAAAUAUUCCAUAGAGCCUUCUUGGGAGUGCAAAUUUGACCAUAUUGAAGUACGAGAUGGACCUUUUGGAUUUUCCCCAAUCAUUGGACGUUUCUGUGGACAGCAAAAUCCACCUAUGAUAAAAUCCAGUGGCAGAUUCCUAUGGAUUAAAUUUUUUGCUGAUGGUGAGCUGGAAUCUAUCGGGUUUUCUGCUCGGUAUAACUUUACGCCUGAUCCAGAUUUUAAGGACCUUGGUGUUUUGAAACCAUUGCCAGUUUGUGAGUUUGAGAUGGGAGGACCUGAAGGAAUUGUGGAAUCUGUGCAAAUUGUCAAAGAAGGAAAAGCUUCUGAAACUGAAGCAGUGGACUGUAAAUGGUUCAUCAGAGCACCACCCCGAUCCAAGAUCUAUUUGCGAUUCUUGGACUAUGAAAUGCAGAAUUCCAAUGAAUGCAAAAGGAAUUUUGUAGCUGUCUAUGAUGGAAGCAGCUCCGUGGAGGAUUUGAAAGCAAAGUUUUGCAGCACUGUUGCUAAUGAUGUAAUGCUGCGGACAGGUCUCGGUGUAAUCCGCAUGUGGGCAGAUGAAGGCAGUCGAAGCAGCCGAUUCCAGAUGCUCUUCACAUCCUUCCAAGAACCCCCUUGCGAAGCCAACACAUUCUUUUGCCACAGUAAUAUGUGUAUUAAUAAUACAUUGGUCUGCAACGGACUCCAGAAUUGUGUGUAUCCUUGGGAUGAAAACCACUGCAAAGAAAAAAGAAAAGCUAACCUGUUGGACCAACUUACAAAUACCAGUGGAACUAUAAUUGGAGUGACUUCUUGCAUUGUGAUCAUCCUCAUUGUUAUCUCUGUUAUAGUACAGAUCAAGCAGCCUCGUAAAAAAUUUGUUCAAAGGAAAACAGACUUUGAUCAAACAGUGUUUCAAGAGGUAUUUGAGCCUCCUCAUUAUGAGUUAUGCACCCUCAGAGGGACAGGGCCUACAGCUGACCUUGCUGAUGUUGCAGAUGACUUUGAAAAUUAUCAUAAACUGCGGAGAUCCUCUUCAAAAUGCAUUCAUGACCAUCACUGUGGAUCACAAGUGUCUAGCAUUAAAGGCAGCCGUAGUAACCUCAGCACAAGAGAUGCUUCUGUCUUGACAGAAAUACAACCCCAGCCUGUAAAACCACUCAUUCAGCCCAUGAACAGAAGAAAUAUCCUUGUCAUGAAGCAUAGCUACUCACAAGAUGCUGCAGAUGCGUGCGAGAUAGACGAAAUUGAAGAGGUACCAACCACAAGUCACAGGCUGUCCAGACAUGAUAAAGCUGUUCAGCGGUUCUGCCUCAUUGGGUCUCUAAGCAAACAUGAGUCUGAGUACAACACAACUAGGGUCUAAGAGACAAUACUGAGACUGCUUGAGAAUAGCGCGCUCCUGGGUGAUUUUGAACAUGCUACAAUGAAAUGUGAAACUAUCGUCCUCGGAAACACCAGCUAGAGGUUUUAUGGACUCUCUGACCAGCUAUUCUCAUAUCAUGACAAAAUUCAGCAGUGUUGAGUAAAAUUAUUAGAAGGCAAUAAGACUUUGGUUAUUAUGCUUAUCGGUCAUUUCUCUUUUUCUUUUUCUCUCUUCUUUUUGUUGCAAGUUAAAUUCCCAGUUUCAGGAACAAUUUAUUGAAAUCAGGUAUUUAGCCAUUCAUAAUCUCCUCAAUAGAAAUGUUUGUUGGAUAAGCAUCUAGCAAUAUGACUGAAUUUGACAUUGAGAAAAUAAUCUGCAUGUAUGUUUACUGAAUAUUUGAGUUGGCAAAAACAACCCUUUAUUAGAUACAUUGUAAAAAGCAUGCAUUCACAAUUAUUGCUGUUACUGUUCCAUUUCUGUGUCAUAUGCUUGCUACUUGUAACUUUUUAUAUAAAAAUACAUAAAACAAUGUAUAAUAAUUUCCUACCU